GAGAGAGAGAGAGAGAGAGAGAGAGAGAGAGAGAAAGAGAGAGAGAGAGAGAUUGAAACAAACCGACAGUGGAGAUAAACGACAAGCAGCAGCGAUACAAGCGAACCAGACACGCGCUCUUCACGGAUACACAUCCGCAAGGAAUGCUCUGAACCUGGAUUUAUCACUGAUGCACCAACCCUGGACCGUGAUGUGGACUUGCAAGAGCGUGAGGAGAAACAGAGCAAAAUAGACAGGGAGGGAGAGAGAGAGAGAGAGAGAGAGAAACAGAUAAAGAGAAGGAAAGAGAGACGGAAACUAUACAACGGAUUAAUAAUGCUGGAUUAUCUGCUGCCCUGCUGAUCCAUCCAUCCAUCUAUCUCCUGUUACCUAAACAACAGUGUUCAUAGCUACCAAUCACACGCUUCGUGCUUUUUUCUUUUUUUUCCCAUUGCUUUUCAUCCCUUUUUCAGCAGCAUCAUCCGCAGCGUGAUGAUGUCGGGCGGGGGGUUUGGGUGCUGACGCUUGUAAAGACAAGAUCCUCAUCUGUGCACUCUUAGAAAAGAAGGUUCUUGGGUUUAUCCCCCUGGAAGAUCCUCCUAAAACCUGGAAUGUAGAAUCUGACAACCCGUUAAAGCUUCCAGUAAAAGGGGAUCCUUUUUUUCUAAGAGUGUAGAGUAGACUUGUGUAAAUGCUGCACAAGCGCUUCCUCCUCCGAACAGGUUUCUAAAAAAGGUGGAGCCUCAGGGAGCUGAGGAUCGGGGCCUGAGAAGCCCUGAGAAGCCCUGCACAUCCGAGUCGCUGCGUUCGUGUCAGCCAGUGCGUGAUGGCUGGCGUGGGCCUUUCGCUCUGUCCAACCUCGAGACGCAGUCGCCGGAGAUCCACUCGGGAAUAAUACCCUCCCUCUCUGAGAGCAGAAUGGUGUGACCAACAUCCCGUUGUAGUUUUCCUUUCCGCCUCUUUUUUCCCUUUCAUUUGGUAUCAUUUCGUGCAACUGUUGACUGACAGGUAUCUUUUCAGUUUAAGCAGCGUCUUCCACUUUAUCAGCGGUACCCCUCCCACCAUCACCUUGUUUUCUUUUCUUUUUCCGAGAUUUGUGGACUUUUGCCAAGCCCUAUUUCAUGCAUGUCCACUGGGGGCAGGUUCAACUUUGACGAUGGGGGGUCUUACUGUGGCGGGUGGGAUGAAGGAAAGGCCCAUGGCCAUGGCAUCUGCACGGGGCCCAAAGGCCAGGGCCAGUACGCUGGUGCAUGGAGCCACGGAUUUGAGGUCCUGGGAGUGUACACGUGGCCUAGUGGCAACACCUUCCAGGGCACAUGGGCGCAGGGCAAACGGCAUGGUAUCGGCAUGGAAAACAAGGGCAAGUGGAUAUACAAGGGGGAGUGGACGCAUGGAUUUAAAGGGCGCUACGGAGUCCGGGAAAGCACUGGGGCCAGUGGCAAGUACGAGGGCACGUGGAACAACGGGCUGCAGGAUGGCUAUGGGACUGAGACCUACUCGGAUGGAGGUACGUACCAGGGACAGUGGGUUGGUGGGAUGCGACACGGAUAUGGCAUCCGUCAGAGUGUCCCAUACGGCAUGGCGGCCGUGAUCCGCUCUCCACUGCGCACCUCCAUAAACUCCCUGCGCUCGGAGCACAGUAACGGCACUGCGGGGACGCCAGGCACCGGAGGGGGCAUUAGCCCGGCGGUGUCACGGGGUGGCUUCGUCCUAACGGCUCACAGUGAGGCUGAGCUUCUAAAAGCGAAAAAGAAAGGCCUCUUCUUCCGGCGCUCUCUGCUCAGUGGCCUGCGUUUGCGCAAGUCCGAGUCGAAGAGCUCUCUGGCCAGCCAGCGCAGCAAGCAGAGCUCGUUCCGGAGCGAGGCGGCCAUGAGUACGGUGAGCUCUGCUGCUUCAGAUGUCAACUCCACCAUCAGCCUGGGCGAGGCCGAAGGAGAGCUCCUGCCCACCAGCUCCAAUGCCAACGACGAUGCCAACGAUGACGACGGCGUGGAUGCUACAGCCACAGAAAGCUAUGCGGGCGAGUGGAGGAACGACAAGCGUGCAGGCUACGGUGUGAGCCGACGCUCGGACGGUCUCUGCUACCAAGGCGAGUGGUUGAGUAACAAGCGCCACGGCUACGGCUGCACCACCUUCCCCGAUGGCACCAAGGAGGAAGGGAAGUACAAGCAGAACGUGCUGGUUAGCGGCAAACGAAAGAAUCUCAUCCCGUUACGUGCUAGCAAGAUCCGGGAGAAGGUCGACCGUGCCAUCGAAGGUGCAGAAAAAGCGUCUGAUAUUGCAAAGCAGAAAGCUGAGAUCGCUUUGUCCAGGACGGCCCAUGCGAGGGGGAAGGCGGAGGCGGCUGUGACGGCAGCAGAGAAAGCACAGGAGGAGUGCAGACUGGCCAGAAUCGCAGCUAAAGAAUUCUCACCUUCGUUUCAGCAUCGAGGAAACGGAGUGGAGUGUGAAAGGCCGAAGCCACAGCCCUCGAGUGAUAACGAUGUGGAGAUGAUGUCGAGCGAGACUCCGGACAGCACCGAGCUCUACAUGAAGGGUUCAACUCCUCCAGGCCUCACCCCUGAUGCCAGCCCGGGCCCAAGCCCCACCACCAAACCUAUGGCCCGCCCCAAAAACGCUCGCUUCUUACGACAGAGCGCCGUGGAUGACGAGAGGGGCGGAGCCUCCGAGAUUCAGGUUCUGGUGGAGGGCCGGAGCCACGGAAGGCCGAGCGGAGGGAGUGCACCAGGGGACGACCACCUGAGGACGGUGAACACCAAUGGCCACCGGCACUCCUCUUCCAAUCACAAGGCAUCAUCUCGGGAGCACGGCUCGUCCAAUCACAAGCCGUCGUCAAGGGAGAAGUGGGCAGAGUGGACUUCGCACCGGACGCAGACCCGACUCCUCGAGCAGGACGAGGAGAAGCUGAGCAACUACGAGAUGGAGAUGAAACCGCUGCAACCCAUGAACUCCAGCUCCCAGAAGCCCUAUGGGCAAGGGGAGGAACGUCACCGGGUCAAGAACCGGGGAAAAACACGGGAACGAGAACGAGACAGGGACAGGGACAAGGAGAGAGACAAAGAGGAUGUGGCACGGCCUGGUGUGGACUCUUUGCAAAAGCUGGACAGUCUCCGCUCGGGGGAGAAACUGGAGGCUCGGCCUCUGCGCAGGGACCUACUGCUCUCGCCCCCGCAAAAAUCCUCACCCAUUGCACUAGAACACGACAAAGGGAAUCACACACAGCUCAAAGCAAACUCGGGCUCCAACUCUAUUCUGGUUGUCAUGGUGAUUUUGCUCAACAUUGGAGUUGCCAUUCUGUUUAUUCACUUUUUUAUUUGAUACUCUUUCGUUUUCUUUAUUCCCUCGUUCAUUUGUCUUUAUUGAUGAAUUGGGUUGCGACUCAGCCACGUCUUAACUGUUCAGAUUAGCGGAAGCGGAAGUCACGAGGAUGGAGAAUGAAUGGAGGACAUACAGAGGAAGGAUGGAGGAUGGAUUAAGGGUUGAGAAGGAAUGGAGGAUGGAUGGAAUAAGGAUGGAGGAGUUAUUGAGGACAGAUGGAGGAUGGAUAGUAUAAAGAUGAAGGAUGGAUGGAAUAAGGAUGAAGGAGAAAUGUAGGACAGAUGGAAGACAGAUGAAAGAUGGAUGGAUUAAGAAUAGAGGAGGGAUGGUGGAUGGAUGGAAUAUGGAUGGAGGAGUGAUGGAGUACAGAUGGAGGAUGGAUGGAAUAUGGAUAGAGGAUGGAUAAUGGAUGGAUGGAAUAAGGAUGGAGGAGGAAUGUAGGACAGAUGGAAGAUGGAUAGAAGAUGGAUAGAGGACAGAUGGAGGAGACAAAGUUUCUCCAAAGAGCUUGUUCACUCGUUUUGUUCUUUCUUGUUACAGAUUCCUCCUCACUACACUUGUCUUUUUGUAUUGUUUUCCACAGCGAUUUCUUUAGUUUUUUUGGUUAUCAGCUCAGUGACACUAUUAGAGUGGGGCAGUGUGUGUGUGUGUGUGUGUGUGUGUGUGUGUGUGUGUGUGUGUGUGUGUAAACUUUGCUCAACAGAAACAUGUCUUUAUCCACCAUCCCUUUAUCUAGUCUCAUCCCUCCAUCCUGUUUCAUCCCUUCUAACCUGUUUUACAUCUCUAUCCUGUCGCUGUCCUCCCUUAUUCCUGUCUCAUCUCUCCAUCCUGUCUCAUACCUGUAUAUGGUCUAUCCCUCCACCCUGUUUCAUCAAAUCUCAUCCUUCUAUUAAUGGUGAAUCGUUUAGAAUAUUAUUUAGCACACACACACACACACACACACACACACACACACACACACACACACACACACACACACACACUACACACACACCACUCAGCCUCACAACAUUCCAUCCAUUUUCAUUUCACUCUCCACUGUUUUAUACACUGUCUGAAUGUUGGACGAGGGCUAACACACACAAACACACACACAAACACACAAUGUUUCCUGUAAGGUAUUCCAAUCCCGACGGGGCGCCAUUAAUUAAAGAGGAAUGUCGGCACACACACACACACACACACACACACACACACACACACACACACACACACACACACAUGUGAGAGACUGUUAACGUUUGUUUUUGGGUUCUUUUGUUUCUCCCAAAACUGCUGCUUUCAAAAUAAAUAUUUAUUGAAAAACUAUUUAAAAGAAAAAAAAAAAAGAUUUUUUAGCUAUUUGCGAGAUGUCUGGGAAAAAAUGCCGACUGCCUUGUUUUAUAAAGAGACCAGUUUGCAUGCUGAUGUAUGGACUAGUUUUGUAAAAAGCUACCUUCUGACCUUCUGAGACAAAUAAGGAUAUAAAAGUCUUCUAGUUUUGGAGAGCAGUGUGUAUAUAUAUAUACACACACACACACACACACACACACAUAUAUAUAUAUAUAUAUAUAUAUAUAUAUAUAUAUAUACGGCUGCUUUGGGAAUUUUAUUUUAUUUCUGUAUUUUCUAUUUUUCUCUUAAACCCGAUAUAAAAAAAAAGACUCGACCCGAGCACGGCGUGACGUCUUUCCAAAAACGAAAAAAAAUCUUUGAAAAAGACCUGAACGUCUGAAAUGAACUCCUCAUCAAAAAGGGAAUAAACACUUGAAGAAAUGCGUCCACUUUUUUUUUUUUUUUUUCCUUUUUUUACCAGCUCACUGAACUCAAAGACUCUGAGGUUGUUUUUAAAGCAUGUGUGUGUAUGGGGCCUGUAUCUUUCCUGCCUGAGUCACUGAUCUCUGAUCUCUCUCUUUUUCUCUUUUUCUCUUUUAUUCACUACGUCCAAUUUUUGGAAUGAAAAUAAAGUGUGAUGUAAUGCUGAUGGAAAAAAAAAGAAUAAUUAUAAUUCCUAAAAAAAAAAAAAAUUGAGAUAAACAAAUCCUGCUAAUAUCCAGUGCUGGUUUGAACACACCCUCGUCCCUGAUACUUCAGUACAAACAACAGAGCAAUACAUUAAUGCCAAAUCAUCAUCAUCAACAUAAUCAUCAUCAUCUAUAAUUCUUCACUUAUAUAUUAAGGGUCCAGGUGUAGGUGUGAGGAGUUACAGGUGUGGAGGUGAAGAUGGUCUCGAGGUGAAACGGAGAACAUUAGAAUGAUGUAAGGCCUCACACCUAGCUGUGGCUCAAAACCUAGUACCAUGGACAGUUCCCAGCGUUGAGGAGUUCAAGCUGUCAUUUUUCUGAAUGGAUCCAAAUAACGCUUCAUUUUUAUAUUUUAAAUACAUCUACAAUUACGCUGCUCCGAAUCACACCCACAGAUAAAGUAGUGCCAUAAAAUUACAUUUAUUUAUUAAAUGUAAAAAAGCUGUUAAGCAGUUAAAUCCUGGUGCCAUUUUUUUUUUUUUUUUUCUCAUUUGAACAUUUCCAUCACCAUUUGUGUUUCAAAUUCAUUAAACAAAAUCAUUGUUUUCACCAUAUAAUUUCCAACACACCUAAAAAUCCUUUAUUAGGAAAUGUGUCCAAUAGCUGUCUCACUCUGUGUGGAGAAAAAAAUUCCAGCCAAUUAAAAUCCUUUAUUCACACUGACCUCGGUAUAGAUACAAAUAUUUUUACAAUUUAAAUACCUUCAAAGAAUAAUUUUACUAGAUUGUUCACUUUUAACUAAGUCAUUUUUAUUAUUAAGUUUUUUAUAAUUUAGUAUUCUCUAUUUUUAUUCUCUUUCGGGUGAAUAUUUAACACUUAAUUCUCUCUAUUUUGGUUAAGACUCGGCUUAAUAACUUAAUAAGAAUUGUUAUUUCUUUCAUCUUAAAAAUAAACCGGGCAAAAGAUUUCUAGAAAUGUAUUAAUUUAAGUCAGAAUCUUGCACUAGCCACCUUUUAGCUUCAGGUGCUCACAUUAUAUUAUAUUAUUAUAUAUAUUAUGUAUAUUUAUAGAUUAUUUUUAAAACAAUGAACAGUGAAAGUAACUGUUAAUAGCUAAGUUAUUGUACUAUCUCUCAAACUACAUGGCCAAAAGUUUGGGCCUGAGAUUUCUAUGUGCAUCUUUUUGAACAUCGCAUUCCACAUUUAGUCUCCAUGUGCUGUUAAAAUAACCUCCACUCCCCUAGGAAGAUGUUCCACCAGAUUUUGGAGUGUGCUUGUGGAGAUGUAGGUGAGGAGAAGAAGCCU